AUGUAUAUAUGUAAUAAUGGAUGUGAUGUAUGUAUGUAAUUAUGGAUGUUAUGAAUGUAUGUAUUGUAGAGAAGGGAGCGGGAGGGAACGGUGGAUGAUGGAUACAUGCAUGUGAUGUGGUGUGAUGUGGUGUCUGGUGUUGUGGUAAAGCGUGUAGUAGUGUUGUGUGGUAAAUAUGUAUGUAUUUAAUGUAUGUAUGUAUUUAUGUAUUUAAUGGUGUUCCACACCAGGGAUUGGGGCUCCUCAUCUUGCUGCACAGGCUCCUCACCAGGGACGGCGGGCUCCUCAUCUGACUCCACAGGCUCCACAACAUGGACGGCGGGCUCCUCAUCUGGCUCAACAAGGCACCACACCAGGGACCAUGGGCUCCUCAUCUGGCUCCACAGGUUCCACAUCAGGGACGGCAGGCUCCUCAUCUGGCUCCACAGAAGGCUCCACACCAGGGACGGCUGGCUCCUCAUCUGACUCCACAAGCUCCACAUCAGGGAUGAUGGGCUCCUCAUCUGGCUCCACAAGCUCCACAUCAGGGAUAGUGGGCUCCUCAUCUGGCUCCAUAGGCACCACACAAGGGAAGGCGGGCUCCACAGGCACCACACCAGGGAAGGCUGGCUCCUCAUCUGGCUUCACAGGCUCCACAUCAGGGACGGUAGGCUCCACAUUCACCACAUCAGGGAUGAUGGGCUCCUCAUCUGACUCCACAGGCACCACACCAGGGAUGAUGGGCUCCACAUCUGACUCCACAGGCUCCACAUCAGGAAUGACAGGCUCCUCAUCUGGCUCCAUACCAGGGAUGGCAGGCUCCUCAUCUGGCUCCACAGGCUCCACAUCAGGGAUGGCAGGCUCCUCAUCUGGCUCCACAGGCACCACAUCAGGGAUGAUGGGCUCCUCAUCUGACUCCACAGGCACCACACCAGGGAUGACAGGCUCCUCAUCUGGCUCCACAGGCUCCACACCAGGGACGGGCUCCUCAUCUGGCUCCACAGGCACCACACCAGGGACAGAAGGCUCCACACCAGGGAUGGCAGGCUCCUCAUCUGGCUCCACAGGCUCCACAUCAGGCACCACACUGAGGGCUCCACAUCAGAGAUGGCUCCUCAUCACACCAGGAACGGCAGGCUCCUCAUCUGACUCCACAGGCUCCACAUCAGAGAAGAAGGGCUCCUCAUCUGGCUCCACAGGCUCCACAUCAGGGAUGGCAGGCUCCUCAUCUGGCUCCACAUCAGGGAUGACGGGCUCCACAUCUGACUCCACAGGCACCACACCAGGGAUGAUGGGCUCCACAUCUGACUCCACAGGCUCCACAUCAGGGAUGGCAGGCUCCUCAUCUGGCUCCUCAGGCUCCACAUCAGGGAUGACAGGCUCCACAUCUGGCUCCACAGGCACCACACCAGGGAUGGCAGGCUCCUCAUCUGGCUCCUCAGGCUCCACAUCAGGGAUGGCAGGCUCCUCAUCUGGCUCCACAGGCACCACAUCAGGGAUGAUGGGCUCAUCAUCUGACUCCACAGACCCCACACCAGGGACGGCUGGCUCCUCAUAUGGCUCCUCAGGCUCCACAUCAGGGAUGACGGGCUCCACAUCUGACUCCACAAGCUCCACAUCAGGAAUGACAGGCUCCUCAUCUGGCUCCACAGGCACCACAUCAGGGAUGACGGGCUCAUCAUCUGACUCCACAGACCCCACACCAGGGACGGCUGGCUCCUCAUCUGGCUCCUCAGGCUCCACAUCAGGGAUGACGGGCUCCACAUCUGACUCCACAGGCUCCACAUCAGGAAUGAUGGGCUCCUCAUCUGGCUCCACACCAGGGAUGGCAGGCUCCUCAUCUGGCUCCACAGGCUCCACAUCAGGGAUGACGGGCUCCACAUCUGACUCCACAGGCUCCACAUCAGAGAUGACAGGCUCCACAUCUGACUCCACAGGCUCCACAUCAGGAAUGACAGGCUCCUCAUCUGGCUCCACACCAGGGACGGCAGGCUCCUCAUCUGACUGGACAGGCUCCACAUCAGAGAAGAAGGAAUCCUCAUCUGACUCCACAGGCUCCACAUCAGGGAUGGCAGGCUCCUCAUCUGACUCCACAGGCACCACAACAUGGACGGCGAGCUCCUCAUCUGGCUCCACAGGCUCCACAACAUGGACGGCGAGCUCCUCAUCUGGCUCCACAGGCUCCACAACAUGGACGGCGGACUCCUCAGGCUCCACAUCAGGGAUGGCAGGCUCCUCAUCUGGCUCCACAGGCUCCACAUCAGGGACAGCGGGCUCCUCAUCUGGCUCCACACCAGGGACAGUAGGCUCCACACCAGGGAUGGCGGGCUCCUCAUCUGGCUCCACAGGUACCACUCCAGGGAUGGCGGGCUCCUCAUCUGGCUCCACAGGCUCCACACCAGGGACGGCUGGCUCCACAGGCUCGACACCAGGGAAAGUAGGCACUGCAGCCAGCUCCACAUCCUGAAAAUGAAACGAAGCUAUUUUGAACUCUGUCUAUAAUAAUAU